AUAAAGGCUUGCCGGGCUCUCUCUCCUGCCUGCGGGCUCAGAGCGGCCGCAGAGGCAAGCGUGGAUCCCUGCGGCCUUCGGCGCAUCUGCCACGAUGAAGCGGGAACUGUGUUCGAGGGCCUUGACUCGCGCCUUCCUGGCUGAAUUAAUUGGCACGACGGUCUUUGUGUUCGUAGGCCUGGGCUCUGCCCUGCCCUGGCCCCUGGCCUCCCCUUCGGUCCUGCAAGUCGCUCUCGCCUUUGGCCUGGCUAUCGGCACCUUGGCCCAAUGCUUGGGCCACGUCAGCGGCGCCCAUCUCAACCCUGCAGUCACCGCUGCGUUCCUGCUGGGCUCUCGCAUCUCCCUUUGCAAAGCUGCUUCCUACGUCCUCGCUCAGCUCCUCGGAGCAGUGGUGGGAGCCGCUCUUCUCUAUGAGUUGACCCCCCGUGAGGUCCACGGAAGCCUGGGGGUCAAUGGGCCCCAGAACACCACGUCGGCAGGACAGGCUGUGACCAUUGAGAUGUUCCUCACACUCCAGCUGGUCCUCUGCGUCUUUGCGUCCACCGACAGCCGCAGGACGGAUGUUGGCUUCCCGGCAUUGUCCAUUGGAUUGUCAGUCACUGCAGGACACCUGAUAGGGAUCUACUACACUGGCUGCUCAAUGAACCCGGCUAGAUCCUUUGGCCCAGCUCUGGUCAUGGGGAACUUUGCUAACCACUGGAUUUUCUGGAUCGGGCCGCUAGCUGGUGCCAUCGUAGCCAUGAUGCUAUACGACUAUCUUUUGUGCCCACGACCCAGGAGCACGGCAGACCGAAUUGCCAUCCUCAGAGGAGACCGUGAUCCUGAGAAAGAAGCAGAGCAUGGACGUCAGAAGAAGCAGUCCUUGAAGACCUACUCUGUUCACACCCUUCCCAAGCUCAUCGACACUGAUGAUAAGGCUUGUGGGUUGGUCUCUUAAAGGGGACAGGCUCAGCCUUCUUGUUUACGCAGUGGGAUGGACGCUGCAGCUAACCUUACGCUCAGGAUCCAGUUCUGUGGACUAGGAAUGCCUCGCCUUUGUCUCACCUCCAAACAGAGGAUUGGGUGGGAGAAAGCACCUUCCUUGCCCAUGUGACUUUUCAAAACGCUGCUUGCUGACAGGCUCUAGCUGUCAGGCUUCAGGGAAUUGCCCCCCCCCCACUCCCCACCCCUUGGCAGUAGAUAAGCAGAACAAAGGAAAAGGAGUCUUCUUACCAGUUAGAACUUUAAUGAUCACAACGAGAGAACAAAGAAUUCCUAGGAAUGACGGUGCUCCCAAUUAAGGGUUAAACCCACUUCCUCCCUACUCAACCACAUCACCACAGUGUCUUGUAACCUGAGCUCAUAACCACUGUGCUUUCUGUGCUGCCACCUUAUCUGCUCUUCUUGACCUUGGGCUGAGCGGAUGGAUGCUUACCAGAGACAGUGAAUCUGUUCACUCUCUCUCUCUCUCCUGGCGCAUCUUCUCUUAGCUGUUCCCCAUCCAGGAUUUCCCAGCUUCUGCCUUCUGAACUAUGCCCCUCUGCAAACCACUGUUCCAAAUCUAUACUGUCCUCCUGCUCCAGGGAAGAUUCAGGAUCGGAGGGAGGGGGGCUCCGAACUAUCCUCAGUGCAGCCCUCCUCAGCACGGUCCCCGACACUAGCAUAGGAAAAUCAUGAUCUCAGGAGGGCAUACCCAGGGGGGUAGCUAGCUGCUCCAGGACCCGGAGCA